AUGGCGAACAGGCGAGGGAGACGGAGGCGCCGAAAACGUGGUAAAAACCAUAGCCACUGCAGAAUCAAACACGGUGCAGAUUUCAUCAACUCUAUGCCAGAUGAGAUCCUGCACCAUAUUCUCUCCUUUAUUCCCACCGAAUUGGCCAUGACAACUUGCGUCUUAUCCAGACGGUGGAGGCAUGUAUGGUGCGAGACACCUUGUCUCGACAUUGAUGAUAAAAGACACAAGGACAAGGCCUGCCGAAGCAUAAACCAUACCCUAACUUCCUACACGGCUCCCAAAAUCAAUAGUUUCAAUCUUUUAUUGAGACUUCUUCACAACACUUCCCCAGAGGUUGAUAGCUGGAUCGAGUUCGCUAUCUCCCGCAAUGUGGCGAAGCUGUCUGUGUCCAUUGUAGAUUUUACAUACUCCAAGACUUACAGUUUUCCGGAUAUCUUCUAUCUAAGUUCCUCUCUAAAGCAGCUCACCGUGAAGUUGUCCAAUUUUGAUAUGAUUCCCAGAUGCAUAGUGUCUUGGAAAUCCCUAAGGACCUUGUCGCUGUUUUAUUGUAGACUUCCGGAUGAGUCCAUUGAUAAUAUUCUCUCUGGCUGUCCAAUCCUCGAAAGCUUAAAAUUGGUUAGAUGCAGUUCACUUGAGCGUCUUGAUCUGAGUAAAUCCCCAAGUCUGAGGAGAUUGGAGAUAAAUUGUCCUAAAGGGCCAGUCGUGAUUGUAGCGCCACACAUCCAUUAUUUGAAAUUGGAAUACUUUGAUAGAUCAUCUACUUUAGUGAAUGUCACUUCUUUGGCCGAAGCUGACCUUAAAAUUAUCAGUGUAAUACUCCAUCCCUCGAAUGCUGAUCUUUAUCAAACCAUGGCGCUGGAGAUGGUAGCAAAAUCACACAACGUAGAGAGGCUUACUCUUGGGGGAACCCUUUUUCAGAUUCUCUCUCUGGCCGAGGUUCGCGGUGCUCCUUUCCCAACGCUCAAGGUCCAAACUUUGACUGUUAAAACGGAGCUUGUUCGAUCUAUUAUCCCUGGUAUAUUAAGGUUACUACAAAAUUCACCUGGCCUAAAGAAGCUAACAUUACACACGAUGCCCUGCUACAACAUAAUGGAUAUGCAUCAUUUAAAAGGCUUAAUUCCGGAUCAGUACCGUUGGAGAUCAACAUGUGAGGUGUUUCCUACAUCAAAGGAGAUCUAUAAGAUGUUUGGUUGUAAUGAUGCAACGUCGAAACUCUUGGCUUCGUUCAUUGAAUUGGUGGUGAGAAACGCAAAGACACUAGAGAGGAUGGUUAUAUGGUUGGAAGGUAGUUACUUUAAUGAUGCACAAUGGUUCGAAGAGAUGCUUCAGAUGGUUGAAACGAUUUCUCACAACAAUAAUGUCUCCAUUGUGCUCAAACGAAGCAAUUGCUAAACAUAUUUGCAUCAUUGUGUGUUGUUAUUUUAUAAUAUACUCAUCUGUUUAACUAACCAUUGUUACAAUCAAAAUCUC